AUGUCUGGCUUCUAUGCACGCUAUGUGCCCUCUCCCAAAGGGACUUCCACCAUCGCAGAUACCACCGAGAAACCUGUGUCGAACGGAGAGAAGCGCAAAAGACAUCAAGAAGCCCCGACGCAGGAGAAGAAGCGCAAGAAGCUGAAAACCUCCAAACCGUCAGAUCAACAAGAUGACACGCCUCCCCUCAACGCUUCAAACAAAGCCAGUGUGGUCACCGAAGACCCUCCAACAGUGACAGCGAGGCGAAGCUUGGACAAAAAUCGCCUUACCGAGGGUUCAGAGCCUCCGCCUACUUCAGUGACAGAUAAACCCAAGGUCUCGGAGGGACUGCAACACGGCAAAUCCCACCUGAAAGAUGGGAAAGAAGAAGCACAUAAUAAGUCAGGAAGCAAGAAGAAGGAAAAACGGCGUAAAACCCACGAACAGCAAGAAGAAGAGGCAGAUGUUGCAGCGUAUGCACAGAAGCAUAGCGCACUGCUCACAAAGUAUGAAAAGGCGAGAGAACACGAUCAGACAGAAACGAAGAUCAACGAGGCACCAGAUGAAACGCCCACAGAACUCCAUGGACUCGAACCCAUACCUCAACCAAAACAGAUAGACGUAGUCUCAGAGAAGCCAACCUACUCGAUCCUUCCACCUUGGCAAGAGGACCCAUUAGUCGUCCCUUUGGAUCUAACCUCAACUUUCGAGUCACUCGGAGUUCAAGAGCCCUUGUCGGAAAAUUUGAGAAGACAAGGACUACGACAUGCAUUACCAAUACAAGCAUCGGUAUUGCCAUUAUUACUUAAUGGCCCUGAUCAUCGUUCAGGCGAUCUUUGUGUUUCGGCCGCUACAGGCUCUGGUAAAACUCUCUCAUAUGUCCUCCCCAUUGUGGCCGACUUGAAGGAUAUCCCAGGUACCAAGCUCAGGGCGGUUAUUGUUGUCCCAACACGGGAGCUCGUAAAGCAGGUACGUGAUCUGUGCGAUGCUUGUGCAGCCGGGACUUCUCUUAAAUUUGCGACCGCCGUGGGAAGCAAAUCUCUCACCGAGGAGCAAGAUCUGCUUAUAAAGGAAGACAAGAUCUACGACCCCGAGGAAUACGAGCGAUGGCAACCGAGACCCAUCGACUGGACCGAUUUUUCUUUAUCCAAGCUGGCCCAAAAUGUCAGAGAUGCGGACCCAAUGGAGUGGGUGGGAUAUGUCACACGCUAUAGAUCAAAGGUGGAUGUGCUGAUCACGACGCCCGGUCGGUUAGUCGAUCAUCUCAAAUCUACUGUGGGCUUCACUCUCAAUGAUGUGAAGUGGCUCGUUGUGGAUGAAGCAGACAGAUUGCUCAACGAAAGUUACCAGGAAUGGAUCGCCGUGGUCAAGCCAGCUCUAGAGUCACGGGCGGCUACUCUGACGAGGGACCAGAUUCUCCACCACAUGAGGAUACCAAUACCGAAACGAAGUGUCACCAAGAUCUUGCUUUCCGCUACCAUGACCCGUGACUUGUCUAAGCUCAAUGCUCUGGGGCUAUGGAACCCGAAACUAAUCGUGCUGGGCGGUAAUCAAGAAAAGACAAGGAUGACAGGGGUCAUUAAAUCUCCUGAACGUGUUGAUGAGUUGGUGCAGAAAGACAACGAAGUUGUCCAUCUUCCCGAGACCUUGAAGGAAACCGUGAUUCCCGUCACUGACGCUGCCGAGAAGCCAUUGUAUCUCCUGGAACUUCUACACAAUCAUAUCGCACUACCUCAGAAGCUGCUGAAUGCGGACGAUGUCGCUGGGAUUUCUUCAUUACAUUCGGGCGUCGAGUCAGACUCCACUUCGACAUCAGAAUCCAACUCAGAAGAUCUGACAUCUUCAGAAGACGAGCAGGACUCGAACUCGAACACUGAAUCAGACUCACGCGCAGGCUUGACACCUACCAAUGUCAGCUCAAAGAAGUACCCAGAAAGCCAGAUGACGCCAGCAGUGGCCCGAGCACUGAUUUUUACCCGGUCGACCGCCUCAGCUACCAGACUCUCUCGAUUAUUACAGAUCAUUGAUCCUCUUUUGGCUCCCCGAAUUUCUACCCUGACGCGCAGCACUGCCUCGUCUGCCUCAUCACGACGGGCCUUGGCUUCAUUCCGCAGGUCAAAGAUAUCAAUCUUGAUCGCGACAGACCGUGCCUCUCGUGGGCUGGAUGUACCGGGUCUUGAGCAUGUCAUCUCAUAUGAUGUGCCGAACAGUCCUUUGACAUAUGUGCAUCGAGUGGGCCGAACUGCUCGAGCCGGGAGAGCUGGCCAUGCAUGGACAUUCCUUGAACAUAGGGAAGCAGCUUGGUUUUGGCGCGAGAUCGGGGGUAAAGUCAAGCACGCAACAUCGGGAACAGGCAUUGAUGGCAUUUCAAUCAAGAGGCAGACUAAGAUUUCAAAACUCCAUUUGAGCGUUGAGGGAGUAGAGGUCAAAAAGCGAUACGAAGCGGCUCUGCAGCAACUAGAGAAAGAAGUGUUGGGCAAGUAA